UCAAAGACUGGCACACCAGGCAGGACUCCGGGCAGCGGCACAUCGGGCUGGACUCCGGGCAGAGGCACACCGGGCUGGACUCCGGGCAGAGGCACACCGGGCAGAGGCACAUCGGGCUGGACUCCGGGCAGAGGCACAUCGGGCUGGACUCCGGGCAGAGGCACAUCGGGCUGGACUCCGGGCAGAGGCACAUCGGGCUGGACUCCGGGCAGAGGCACAUCGGGCUGGACUCCGGGCAGAGGCACAUCGGGCUACCAGGAGAAGCAGCAGGCAGCGGGCCCCCGGGCGGGGCGUCAGGCGCCGGGCGGGGAGGCAGGAUACAGGAUACAGGGCCCAAGAGAAACACAA